AUGGGCACCUGCACCUACACCCUCUCCAAGCUGUGUGAGAGCAACAGCUCCCUGCCCUACUUCAAUGUGGAAGCAGCCAACGAGCACAGGGGAGGCAACACCCGUGUGUCCUAUGUCCGAUAUGUGGAUGUCGAUAUCUACGGCUACAGGAUCAACCUUGGUCAAAAAAGAGCUGUUAAGGUCAAUGGAGUCAGCCAGGUGGUCCCUGUGACCUUGGUCCCAGGUGUCACUAUUUCCCUCAGCGGGCAGUAUGUUGUGGUUACUACUGAUUUCGGGCUGCAAGUCAAGUUUGAUGGAAACCACAGAGCAGAAAUUACUCUUCCCAGUACCUAUAUGUCUAAAGUCUGUGGAAUAUGUGGAAAUUACAACGGGCAAAAAGCAGACGACUUUCUCAACCCAGAUGGAGAGAUGGAAGCCAACUCAACCAGCCUUGGCAACAGUUGGCAGGUUUACAAUGACUCCAGGUGCUCACCAGAUUAUGGUCAUACUCCAAACUGCACUGAUGAUGAAAAACACAUGAUCCAAAGCAAUUCAUACUGUGGUCUGAUCACAGAUCCAAGUGGUCCAUUCCAGAACUGCCACGCAGUGGUCGAUCCACGGAGUUAUUUUGAAGAUUGCCAGUAUGAUCUCUGUGAACUUCACUUGAACAAUGCAGCCCUCUCACUGGACUGUCCGGCCAACAGUCACUACGAGCCCUGUGCUGCAGCCUGCCCUGCCACCUGUGUUGACCCAAUGGCUCCCUACAACUGCAGCCUGCCAUGCGUGGAGGGCUGCGUGUGUGACAGCGGGUACCUGCUCUACAACGACCGCUGCGUGCCCAGCCAGCAGUGCGGGUGCUGGCACAAUGGGCAGCACUACCCCGUGGGCUCUGAGUUCUGGACGGACAACACCUGCUCCUCCAAGUGCACCUGUCCUGCACAGGGAAGCAAAGUGCAGUGCUUCAAUGCCUCCUGCCCUGCGGGCCAGUACUGCGGGGUGCAGAACGGGCAACCUGUGUGCCUUGAACACUCCUACGGUAUCUGCCACGUCCAUGGGGACCCCCACUACCAAACCUUUGACAAGGUGACGCACAACUUCAUGGGCAACUGCACCUACACCCUGGCCAAAGUGUGCUCCAACACCACCUCCCUGCCCUACUUCAACGUGGAGGCCAAGAACGAGCACCGUGGCAACCCCCACGUGUCCUACGUGCGCGAAGUCGUGGUUGAGGUGUAUGGACAGCGCAUUGUCAUCCUCAAGCAGCAGAAGAGCCACGUGCUGGUGAACAAUGUGCGCCAGACGUUGCCGGUGAGCGCAGCAGGAGGGGCCAUCACGGUGAGCAAGAGCGGUCGCUACAUCGUCCUGGAGACAGACUUCAGCCUCAGAGUGUCCUACGACACUGACCACUCGGUGGAGGUGAAGGUGCCCACCACCUACUUCAACCUGACCUGUGGCAUGUGUGGCAACUUCAACAACCGCAGAGAUGACGAAUACAUGAUGCCCAAUGGGCAGCAAGCCACAGACUCCAAUGCUCUGGGAGAGAGCUGGCAGGUGCCAGACAGUGACCCCUCCUGCGGUGUCCCCGAGCCCUCCCCACCCUGCAGUGCAGAAGAGGAGAAGCUCUACCAGUCCGACCAGUUCUGUGGCAUCCUGACCACCAGGCCCAGCUCUUUUGAGAGCUGCCACGGUGUGAUCAACCCCCAAGACUACUUUGACAGCUGCUUGUAUGACUUGUGUGCCCUGAAUGGUGGCCAGGAGUUCCUGUGUGCUGCUCUGGAGGCCUAUGCUGAUGCGUGCCAGGCAGCUGGUGUGACUCUUCUUCCCUGGAGGAACACUACCUUCUGCCCUGUUGCAUGCCCUCCCAAUAGUCAUUACAAUCCGUGCACCAGUGCUUGUCCAGCAACCUGCACUGACCUUCUUGCAUCACAGAACUGCAGCAGACCUUGUGUAGAAGGAUGUGAAUGCAACAGUGGCUUUGUCCUCAGUGGAGGACAGUGUGUGUCCAUGAGCAACUGUGGCUGCCUUCAGAACGGCAAAUAUUAUGAGUACUUUGAGAGCUGUGUCUACGAUCUGUGUGCCACAGAGGGGGAUUCUGAUCAGUACUGCAAGAUUUUAGAGGCAUACGCUGCUGCUUGUGAAGUUGAAGGUGUACAUCUGGGAGAAUGGAGGGAGGAUACCAUCUGUGAGGGCUAUUAUAUCUACCUGCAAGGAAGCAAGCAAGAGCCAGCUGAUGUAGCCCGCUUGGUCAGUCCAGUGUGCAGUUCAGAAGGACUUCACUGCUUCCGCUUCUGGUAUCACAUGUAUGGAGCAGCUGAAGCUAUGGCUCUGCGUGUGUAUGUAGUUCACAAUGAGACAUCAACACUGGAAUGGAAAGAUGCUGGAAACAAAGGGGACAGAUGGAACUUGGGAGAAGUCACAGUACACAGUAGAGGCAAUAUGCAGAUUGUCCUGGAGGGCAUGAUCGGUGAAGAUAUCAGGAGUGAUAUAGCUUUGGAUGAUCUGUCCAUUGUAAAGGGACAAUGCACAGGCACCUGUGUGGUGGAAGGAGACCCUCACUACCACACAUUUGACAAUCAGUUACACAAUUUCAUGGGCACCUGCACCUACACCCUCUCCAAGCUGUGUGAGAGCAACAGCUCCCUGCCCUACUUCAACGUGGAAGCAGCCAACGAGCACAGGGGAGGCAACACCCGUGUGUCCUAUGUCCGAUACGUGGAUGUCGAUGUGGCUGACCAGCGGAUAAGGCUGGGACAGGGCGGAGUGGUGACGGUCAAUGGAGUGGAAGAGAUCCUGCCUUGCAGCCCAUCUGCAGGCGUGCAGGUCUUGUCCAGUGGGUUCUACACCAUGGUCAUGACAGACUUUGGCUUGAGAGUCAAGUUUGAUGGGAACCAUCGGGUGGAGGUGACACUUCCAAGCACCUUUGGGCAGAAGGUUUGUGGCAUGUGUGGCAACUACAACGGGAUAGCAGCAGAUGACUUCCAGAACCCAGAAGGGACAAUGGAGCCAGACUCCACCAGCCUGGGCAACAGUUGGGAAGUGUCCAACAACAGCAGCUGCUCAGCAGGACCUCUGCCCACCCCAGCCUGCAGUGAGACCGACAAGCAACUCAUCAGCAGCAGCCACUUCUGUGGCCUCCUCACCGACACCAGCGGCCCGUUUCAGGUGUGCCACGCUGUGCUGAGCCCCAGCAGCUACUUUGACACCUGCAGCUAUGACCUGUGUGAGCUGGGGCUGGACCGUGAGACCCUGUGCAAGAGCUUGCAGUCCUAUGCAGAUGCCUGCCAGUCACUCGGUGUCCAGAUACCUGUGUGGAGGAACUCAACCUUCUGCCCAAUCACUUGUCCGGCCAACAGUCACUACGAGCCCUGUGCUGCAGCCUGCCCUGCCACCUGCGUUGACCCAAUGGCUCCUGUUACCUGCAGCCUGCCGUGCGUGGAGGGCUGUGUGUGUGACAGCGGGUACCUGCUCUACAACGACCGCUGCGUGCCCAGCCAGCAGUGCGGGUGCUGGCACAACGGGCAGCACUACCCCGUGGGCUCUGAGUUCUGGACGGACAACACCUGCUCCUCCAAGUGUACCUGUCCUGCACGGGGAAGUAAAGUGCAGUGCUUCAAUGCCUCCUGCCCUGCGGGCCAGUACUGCGGGGUGCAGAACGGGCAACCUGUGUGCCUUGAACACUCCUACGGCAUCUGCCACGUCCAUGGGGACCCCCACUACCAAACCUUUGACAAGGUGACGCACAACUUCAUGGGCAAUUGCACCUACACCCUGGCCAAAGUGUGCUCCAACACCACCUCCCUGCCCUACUUCAACGUGGAGGCCAAGAACGAGCACCGUGGCAACCCCCACGUGUCCUAUGUGCGUGAAGUCGUGGUUGAGGUGUAUGGACAGCGCAUUGUCAUCCUCAAGCAGCAGAAGAGCCACGUGCUGGUGAACAACGUGCGCCAGACGUUGCCGGUGAGCGCAGCAGGAGGGGCCAUCACGGUGAGCAAGAGCGGUCGCUACAUCGUCCUGGAGACAGACUUCAGCCUCAGAGUGUCCUACGACACUGACCACUCGGUGGAGGUGAAGGUGCCCACCACCUACUUCAACCUGACCUGUGGCAUGUGUGGCAACUUCAACAACCGCAGAGAUGACGAAUACAUGAUGCCCAACGGGCAGCAAGCCGCAGACUCCAAUGCUCUGGGAGAGAGCUGGCAGGUGCCAGACAGUGACCCCUCCUGCGGUGUCCCCGAGCCCUCCCCACCCUGCAGUGCAGAAGAGGAGAAGCGCUACCAGUCCGACCAGUUCUGUGGCAUCCUGACCACCAGGCCCAGCUCUUUUGAGAGCUGCCACGGUGUGAUCAACCCCCAAGACUACUUUGACACCUGCUUGUAUGACUUGUGUGCCCUGAAUGGUGGCCAGGAGUUCCUGUGUGCUGCUCUGGAGGCCUAUGCUGAUGCGUGCCAGGCAGCUGGUGUGACUCUUCUUCCCUGGAGGAACGCUACCUUCUGCCCCCUGCAGUGCCCACCCAACAGCUACUAUGACCCCUGCAUGACGGGCUGUCCUGCUACCUGUGUUGACCAACACGCCCCACAGAACUGCUCCAAGCCUUGCAUGGAGGGCUGUGCAUGUAGCUCUGGCUUCCUCCUGAGCGGAGACACCUGUGUGCCCGAGGCCAACUGCGGCUGCCACUUUGAGGGCAACUACUAUACUGAAGGGGAAUCCUACGUGACUGAGAACUGCACUCGCCAGUGCCGGUGCGAAGCCAAAGGCCAGAUGGUUUGCUCUGCCCUGUCCUGUGGCGAGGACGAGGUCUGCAAGAUCCAGGAUGGCCAGAGGGGCUGUUACCCAGCCAGCACGGCCGUCUGCCACAUCUACGGUGACCCACAUUACAGCACCUUUGAUGGGAAGCUCCACCACUUCCAGGGCUCCUGCAACUACACAGUGGUGACGGGCUGUGACAACUCCUCCGUUGGCUUCAGUGUCACCACCCGCAACAAACAUCGCGGCAGCCAGAGCUGGACAGCUCUGAACUCUGUGGCACUGUCCCUCGAAGGCCUCCACAUUGCACUGCGCGAGCACAAGGCGGUCUACAUCAACGGUGCCCUGGUCUCCCUGCCUGCUUCUCCUGCCCCUGGCGUCACCAUUUCCCUGAGCGGCUCCUACGUGCGGGUUUCUACCAAGCUGGGCCUGCAGCUGCAGUUCAAUGGGGACCAUGAGCUCCUAGUGAAGGUGUCUGAGAAGUACAAGGGCAAACUCUGUGGGCUGUGUGGGACGUACACUGGGAGCCAGCAGGAUGACUUCAUGCGACCCGAUGGGGUGGUUGUACCCGACUUCAACGACUUUGGAACCAGCUGGAUGGUGCCGGAUGAUGAGUGGCCGUGUGACCCAGCCAUCAGCCCACCGGCAUCCUGCUCCCCUGCUGAAGAGGAGGCAGCUAACCAGCAGUGUUCAAUCCUCACACACCUCGGUGGCCCAUUCCAGCCGUGCCAUGCAGUUCUGCCACCCAAGACGUACUUUGAGAGCUGUGUCUAUGACCAGUGUGCCACGGGUGGCAGCACGGAGCAGCUCUGCAAUGACCUGGGGGCCUAUGCUGCAGCCUGUGCUGAGGCGGGCGUUGAUCUGGGAGACUGGAGUGCUGGCACUGUCUGUGGCACUACAACGCCGCCACCACAUACAACAACAUCACCGUUGCCUGGGACAAGCACAGCUCCACCAACAGACUGCAAUUUUGCCUGCACAUUUGACGAGGACUUCUGUGGGUGGGUCCAGGCAGAUUACAGCAGCAUUGACUGGAUAAGGAACAAAGGCCCAACGCCCACGCCAAAUACUGGCCCAUCCUCUGACCACACAACAGGAGAUGGCUACUACAUCUUCCUGCGAGGGAGUGCUGAUACCCUCCCCGGUUUUGUGGCUAUCCUGGUCAGUCCGGAGUGCAGCUGGGAAGGAACGCUCUGCUUCCGCUUCUGGUACCACAUGUACGGAACUGCUCAAACAAUGGCCCUGCGGGUGUACGUGCAGAAGGGUGAUGAGCAAAUGAUGGUCUGGAAAGAAGUCGGGAACCAUGGAGACAGGUCCAUCAACACCAACACCCACGGUCCCCUCGCCAAGUACCACAACACAGCCUGUACUCACCUCCUCACCCGCAAGCCCCACACCCAGCUCAGGUCCACUUCCUACUACAUCCCCUACUCCGCUCCCAAACAUUACAACACCAUCAACACCAAGACCAACAACUACACCUGGAACGACCUCAGGUCCACUUCCUACUACACCCUCUACUCCGCUGCCAAACGUUACAACACCAUCAACACCAAGACCAACAACUACACCUGGAACGACCUCAGGUCCACUUCCUACUACAACCCCUACUCCGCUGCCAAACAUUACAACACCAUCAACACCAAGACCAACAACUACACCAGGAACGACCUCAGGUCCACUUCCUACUACACCCCCUACUCCGCUGCCAAACGUUACAACACCAUCAACACCAAGACCAACAACUACACCUGGAACGACCUCAGUGAAUGCACUUCCCUUUCUACAGGCACCUGUGUGGUGGAAGGUGACCCUCACUACCACACAUUUGACAAUCAGUUACACAAUUUCAUGGGCACCUGCACCUACACCCUCUCCAAGCUGUGUGAGAGCAACAGCUCCCUGCCCUACUUCAACGUGGAAGCAGCCAACGAGCACAGGGGAGGCAACACCCGUGUGUCCUAUGUCCGAUACGUGGAUGUCGAUGUGGCUGACCAGCGGAUAAGGCUGGGACAGGGCGGAGUGGUGACGGUCAAUGGAGUGGAAGAGAUCCUGCCUUGCAGCCCAUCUGCGGGCGUGCAGGUCUUGUCCAGUGGGUUCUACACCAUGGUCAUGACAGACUUUGGCUUGAGAGUCAAGUUUGAUGGGAACCAUCGGGUGGAGGUGACACUUCCAAGCACCUUUGGGCAGAAGGUUUGUGGCAUGUGUGGCAACUACAACGGGAUAGCAGCAGAUGACUUCCAGAACCCAGAAGGGACAAUGGAGCCAGACUCCACCAGUCUGGGUAACAGUUGGGAAGUGUCCAACAACAGCAGCUGCUCAGCAGGACCUCUGCCCACCCCAGCCUGCAGUGAGACCGACAAGCAACUCAUCAGCAGCAGCCACUUCUGUGGCCUCCUCACCGACACCAGCGGCCCGUUUCAGGUGUGCCACGCUGUGCUGAGCCCCAGCAGCUACUUUGACACCUGCAGCUAUGACCUGUGUGAGCUGGGGCUGGACCAUGAGACCCUGUGCAAGAGCUUGCAGUCCUAUGCAGAUGCCUGCCAGUCACUCGGUGUCCAGAUACCUGUGUGGAGGAACUCAACCUUCUGCCCAAUCACUUGUCCAGCCAACAGUCACUAUGAGCCCUGUGCUGCAGCCUGCCCUGCCACCUGUGUUGACCCAAUGGCUCCUGUUACCUGCAGCCUGCCAUGCGUGGAGGGCUGCGUGUGUGACAGCGGGUACCUGCUCUACAACGACCGCUGCGUGCCCAGCCAGCAGUGCGGGUGCUGGCACAAUGGGCAGCACUACCCCGUGGGCUCUGAGUUCUGGACGGACAAUACCUGCUCCUCCAAGUGCACCUGUCCUGCACAGGGAAGCAAAGUGCAGUGCUUCAAUGCCUCCUGCCCUGCGGGCCAGUACUGCGGGGUGCAGAACGGGCAACCUGUGUGCCUUGAACACUCCUACGGCAUCUGCCACGUCCAUGGGGACCCCCACUACCAAACCUUUGACAAGGUGACGCACAACUUCAUGGGCAACUGCACCUACACCCUGGCCAAAGUGUGCUCCAACACCACCUCCCUGCCCUACUUCAACGUGGAGGCCAAGAACGAGCACCGUGGCAACCCUCACGUGUCCUACGUGCGCGAAGUCGUGGUUGAGGUGUAUGGACAGCGCAUUGUCAUCCUCAAGCAGCAGAAGAGCCACGUGCUGGUGAACAACGUGCGCCAGACGUUGCCGGUGAGCGCAGCAGGAGGGGCCAUCACGGUGAGCAAGAGCGGUCGCUACAUCGUCCUGGAGACAGACUUCAGCCUCAGAGUGUCCUACGACACUGACCACUCGGUGGAGGUGAAGGUGCCCACCACCUACUUCAACCUGACCUGUGGCAUGUGUGGCAACUUCAACAACCGCAGAGACGACGAAUACAUGAUGCCCAACGGGCAGCAAGCCACAGACUCCAAUGCUCUGGGAGAGAGCUGGCAGGUGCCAGACAGUGACCCCUCCUGCGGUGUCCCCGAGCCCUCCCCACCCUGCAGUGCAGAAGAGGAGAAGCUCUACCAGUCCGACCAGUUCUGUGGCAUCCUGACCACCAGGCCCAGCUCUUUUGAGAGCUGCCACGGUGUGAUCAACCCCCAAGACUACUUUGACACCUGCUUGUAUGACUUGUGUGCCCUGAAUGGUGGCCAGGAGUUCCUGUGUGCUGCUCUGGAGGCCUAUGCUGAUGCAUGCCAGGCAGCUGGUGUGACUCUUCUUCCCUGGAGGAAUGCUACCUUCUGCCCCCUGCAGUGCCCACCCAACAGCUACUAUGACCCCUGCAUGACGGGCUGUCCUGCUACCUGUGUUGACCAACACGCCCCACAGAACUGCUCCAAGCCUUGCAUGGAGGGCUGUGCAUGUAGCUCUGGCUUCCUCCUGAGCGGAGACACCUGUGUGCCCGAGGCCAACUGCGGCUGCCACUUUGAGGGCAACUACUAUACUGAAGGGGAAUCCUACGUGACUGAGAACUGCACUCGCCAGUGCCGGUGCGAAGCCAAAGGCCAGAUGGUUUGCUCUGCCCUGUCCUGUGGCGAGGACGAGGUCUGCAAGAUCCAGGAUGGCCAGAGGGGCUGUUACCCAGCCAGCAUGGCCGUCUGCCACAUCUACGGUGACCCACAUUACAGCACCUUUGAUGGGAAGCUCCACCACUUCCAGGGCUCCUGCAACUACACAGUGGUGACGGGCUGUGACAACUCCUCCGUUGGCUUCAGUGUCACCACCCGCAACAAACAUCGCGGCAGCCAGAGCUGGACAGCUCUGAACUCUGUGGCACUGUCCCUCGAAGGCCUCCACAUUGCACUGCGCGAGCACAAGGCGGUCUACAUCAACGGUGCCCUGGUCUCCCUGCCUGCUUCUCCUGCCCCUGGCGUCACCAUUUCCCUGAGCGGCUCCUACGUGCGGGUUUCUACCAAGCUGGGCCUGCAGCUGCAGUUCAAUGGGGACCAUGAGCUCCUAGUGAAGGUGUCUGAGAAGUACAAGGGCACACUCUGUGGGCUGUGUGGGACGUACACGGGGAGCCAGCAGGAUGACUUCAUGCGACCCGAUGGGGUGGUUGUACCCGACUUCAACGACUUUGGAACCAGCUGGAUGGUGCCGGAUGAUGAGUGGCCGUGUGACCCAGCCAUCAGCCCACCGGCAUCCUGCUCCCCUGCUGAAGAGGAGGCAGCUAACCAGCAGUGUUCAAUCCUCACACACCUCGGUGGCCCAUUCCAGCCGUGCCAUGCAGUUCUGCCACCCAAGACGUACUUUGAGAGCUGUGUCUAUGACCAGUGUGCCACGGGUGGCAGCACGGAGCAGCUCUGCAAUGACCUGGGGGCCUAUGCUGCAGCCUGUGCUGAGGCGGGCGUUGAUCUGGGAGACUGGAGUGCUGGCACUGUCUGUGCUCCACCAACAGACUGCAAUUUUGCCUGCACAUUUGACGAGGACUUCUGUGGGUGGGUCCAGGCAGAUUACAGCAGCAUUGACUGGAUAAGGAACAAAGGCCCAACGCCCACGCCAAAUACUGGCCCAUCCUCUGACCACACAACAGGAGAUGGCUACUACAUCUUCCUGCGAGGGAGUGCUGAUACCCUCCCCGGUUUUGUGGCUAUCCUGGUCAGUCCGGAGUGCAGCUGGGAAGGAACGCUCUGCUUCCGCUUCUGGUACCACAUGUACGGAACUGCUCAAACAAUGGCCCUGCGGGUGUACGUGCAGAAGGGUGAUGAGCAAGUGAUGGUCUGGAAAGAAGUCGGGAACCAUGGAGACAGGUCCAUCAACACCAACACCCACGGUCCCCUCGCCAAGUACCACAACACAGCCUGUACUCACCUCCUCACCCGCAAGCCCCACACCCAGCUCAGGUCCACUUCCUACUACACCCCCUACUCCGCUGCCAAACAUUACAACACCAUCAACACCAAGACCAACAACUACACCUGGAACAACCUCAGUUCCACUUCCUACUACACCCUCUACUCCGCUGCCAAACGUUACAACACCAUCAACACCAAGACCAACAACUACACCUGGAACGACCUCAGGUCCACUUCCUACUACAACCCCUACUCCGCUGCCAAACAUUACAACACCAUCAACACCAAGACCAACAACUACACCUGGAACGACCUCAGGUCCACUUCCUACUACACCCCCUACUCCGCUGCCAAACAUUACAACACCAUCAACACCAAGACCAACAACUACACCUGGAACGACCUCAGUGAAUGCACUUCCCUUUCUACAGGCACCUGUGUGGUGGAAGGUGACCCUCACUACCACACAUUUGACAAUCAGUUACACAAUUUCAUGGGCACCUGCACCUACACCCUCUCCAAGCUGUGUGAGAGCAACAGCUCCCUGCCCUACUUCAAUGUGGAAGCGGCCAACGAGCACAGGGGAGGCAACACCCGUGUGUCCUAUGUCCGAUACGUGGAUGUCGAUGUGGCUGACCAGCGGAUAAGGCUGGGACAGGGCGGAGUGGUGACGGUCAAUGGAGUGGAAGAGAUCCUGCCUUGCAGCCCAUCUGCGGGCGUGCAGGUCUUGUCCAGUGGGUUCUACACCAUGGUCAUGACAGACUUUGGCUUGAGAGUCAAGUUUGAUGGGAACCAUCGGGUGGAGGUGACACUUCCAAGCACCUUUGGGCAGAAGGUUUGUGGCAUGUGUGGCAACUACAACGGGAUAGCAGCAGAUGACUUCCAGAACCCAGAAGGGACAAUGGAGCCAGACUCCACCAGCCUGGGCAACAGUUGGGAAGUGUCCAACAACAGCAGCUGCUCAGCAGGACCUCUGCCCACCCCAGCCUGCAGUGAGACCGACAAGCAACUCAUCAGCAGCAGCCACUUCUGUGGCCUCCUCACCGACACCAGCGGCCCGUUUCAGGUGUGCCACGCUGUGCUGAGCCCCAGCAGCUACUUUGACACCUGCAGCUAUGACCUGUGUGAGCUGGGGCUGGACCAUGAGACCCUGUGCAAGAGCUUGCAGUCCUAUGCAGAUGCCUGCCAGUCACUCGGUGUCCAGAUACCUGUGUGGAGGAACUCAACCUUCUGCCCAAUCACUUGUCCAGCCAACAGUCACUAUGAGCCCUGUGCUGCAGCCUGCCCUGCCACCUGCGUUGACCCAACAGCUCCUGACAACUGCAGCCUGCCGUGCGUGGAGGGCUGUGUGUGUGACAGCGGGUACCUGCUCUACAACGACCGCUGCGUGCCCAGCCAGCAGUGCGGGUGCUGGCACAACGGGCAGCACUACCCCGUGGGCUCUGAGUUCUGGACGGACAACACCUGCUCCUCCAAGUGCACCUGUCCUGCACAGGGAAGCAAAGUGCAGUGCUUCAAUGCCUCCUGCCCUGCGGGCCAGUACUGCGGGGUGCAGAACGGGCAACCUGUGUGCCUUGAACACUCCUACGGCAUCUGCCACGUCCAUGGGGACCCCCACUACCAAACCUUUGACAAGGUGACGCACAACUUCAUGGGCAACUGCACCUACACCCUGGCCAAAGUGUGCUCCAACACCACCUCCCUGCCCUACUUCAACGUGGAGGCCAAGAACGAGCACCGUGGCAACCCCCACGUGUCCUACGUGCGCGAAGUCGUGGUUGAGGUGUAUGGACAGCGCAUUGUCAUCCUCAAGCAGCAGAAGAGCCACGUGCUGGUGAACAACGUGCGCCAGACGUUGCCGGUGAGCGCAGCAGGAGGGGCCAUCACGGUGAGCAAGAGCGGUCGCUACAUCGUCCUGGAGACAGACUUCAGCCUCAGAGUGUCCUACGACACUGACCACUCGGUGGAGGUGAAGGUGCCCACCACCUACUUCAACCUGACCUGUGGCAUGUGUGGCAACUUCAACAACCGCAGAGAUGACGAAUACAUGAUGCCCAACGGGCAGCAAGCCACAGACUCCAAUGCUCUGGGAGAGAGCUGGCAGGUGCCAGACAGUGACCCCUCCUGCGGUGUCCCCGAGCCCUCCCCACCCUGCAGUGCAGAAGAGGAGAAGCUCUACCAGUCCGACCAGUUCUGUGGCAUCCUGACCACCAGGCCCAGCUCUUUUGAGAGCUGCCACGGUGUGAUCAACCCCCAAGACUACUUUGACACCUGCUUGUAUGACUUGUGUGCCCUGAAUGGUGGCCAGGAGUUCCUGUGUGCUGCUCUGGAGGCCUAUGCUGAUGCAUGCCAGGCAGCUGGUGUGACUCUUCUUCCCUGGAGGAAUGCUACCUUCUGCCCCCUGCAGUGCCCACCCAACAGCUACUAUGACCCCUGCAUGACGGGCUGUCCUGCUACCUGUGUUGACCAACACGCCCCACAGAACUGCUCCAAGCCUUGCAUGGAGGGCUGUGCAUGUAGCUCUGGCUUCCUCCUGAGCGGAGACACCUGUGUGCCCGAGGCCAACUGCGGCUGCCACUUUGAGGGCAACUACUAUACUGAAGGGGAAUCCUACGUGACUGAGAACUGCACUCGCCAGUGCCGGUGCGAAGCCAAAGGCCAGAUGGUUUGCUCUGCCCUGUCCUGUGGCGAGGACGAGGUCUGCAAGAUCCAGGAUGGCCAGAGGGGCUGUUACCCAGCCAGCACGGCCGUCUGCCACAUCUACGGUGACCCACAUUACAGCACCUUUGAUGGGAAGCUCCACCACUUCCAGGGCUCCUGCAACUACACAGUGGUGACGGGCUGUGACAACUCCUCCGUUGGCUUCAGUGUCACCACCCGCAACAAACAUCGCGGCAGCCAGAGCUGGACAGCUCUGAACUCUGUGGCACUGUCCCUCGAAGGCCUCCACAUUGCACUGCGCGAGCACAAGGCGGUCUACAUCAACGGUGCCCUGGUCUCCCUGCCUGCUUCUCCUGCCCCUGGCGUCACCAUUUCCCUGAGCGGCUCCUACGUGCGGGUUUCUACCAAGCUGGGCCUGCAGCUGCAGUUCAAUGGGGACCAUGAGCUCCUAGUGAAGGUGUCUGAGAAGUACAAGGGCAAACUCUGUGGGCUGUGUGGGACGUACACUGGGAGCCAGCAGGAUGACUUCAUGCGACCCGAUGGGGUGGUUGUACCCGACUUCAACGACUUUGGAACCAGCUGGAUGGUGCCGGAUGAUGAGUGGCCGUGUGACCCAGCCAUCAGCCCACCGGCAUCCUGCUCCCCUGCUGAAGAGGAGGCAGCUAACCAGCAGUGUUCAAUCCUCACACACCUCGGUGGCCCAUUCCAGCCAUGCCAUGCAGUUCUGCCACCCAAGACGUACUUUGAGAGCUGUGUCUAUGACCUGUGUGCCACGGGUGGCAGCACGGAGCAGCUCUGCAAUGACCUGGGGGCCUAUGCUGCAGCCUGUGCUGAGGCGGGCGUUGAUCUGGGAGACUGGAGUGCUGGCACUGUCUGUGGUCCAUCAACACCAACACCCACGGUCCCCUCGCCAAGUACCACAACACAGCCUGUACUCACCUCCUCACCCGCAAGCCCCACACCCAGCUCAGGUCGGGCUUCCUGCAGUGCCUCUGGGGACCCACAUUACAACACUUUUGACCACAAAGUCCAUAAUUUCAUGGGAAAUUGCACUUACACCCUCUCCAAAGUGUGCACUGCCUCGGACAGUCUUCCAUACUUUGAUGUGUCUACAACAAAUGAGCACAGAGGAGCCAACACCAAAGUCUCUUAUGUGAAGUCAGUGCACGUGGAAGUCUAUGGCAAUCAGAUUUCUCUGCUGAAAAACAAGAAAGUGAAUGUGAAUGGUCACAGAAUGAACUUGCCUGUAUUUAUUGAAAAGAAGAUCAGUAUUCAAAGCAGUGGUGGAUAUGUUCUCUUGGAAACUGACUUUGGACUGUGGGUGAGAUAUGAUGGAAAUCACUAUGCAGAAGUCUCUGUGCCCUCUAAUUACAGUGGUCUGCUCUGUGGCCUCUGUGGUAAUUAUAAUGGUGAUCCAAAUGAUGAUAAUAUCAAGUCCAAUGGUGACAUUGCAAGUGAUUCCACUGAUCUUGGAGAAAGCUGGCUGGUGCCUGAGAAUAACACCAUAUGCUCCAAUGGUGGGAAAGAAGAGCAGUGUGAUCCUGUGUUGGAGAGUGAAGCAAAGAAAAACACAGCAUGUGGCAUGAUCACAGACCCAAUAGGAAUCUUCAAGGACUGUCACAGCAAGGUGCCUCCACAGAAUUUCUUUGAAAACUGUGUUUAUGACAUGUGUUUCACUGGGGGACAGGCAACAUCCUUAUGCUAUGGACUGCAGGCCUAUGCUGAGUCGUGUGUCAAUGCUGGCAUAUGCAUAGAGUGGAGGAAUGCUACUCUGUGCCCAAUGUCCUGUCCUGGAGGCAGCAUCUACAAGAGCUGUGGUUCUAGGUGUCCCUCUACCUGUUUGAACAUCUCACCAGUUGAUUCCUGCAGUUCUUUGCCAGUGGAAGGUUGCUUCUGUAAGGAAGGCUAUGUUUUGAGUGGAGACAAAUGUGUGCCAGAAAGCAACUGUGGUUGUGUUGAUGAAAAAAACCAGUAUCACCAGGUUGUCAACACUGCCACCAAUGUCAUUCCUAUAACCAUACUUGGCAAGAAUGAAGACCGAGGACUAAGAGGGGCCACAUACCUGAAAGAAGUCUACAUCGAUGUGUAUGGUGUACGAAUCACCCUUCAGAAAAACCAAGGAAUCCUGCUGAACAACGAGAGAGUCUACACUCCAGUGCAGAACCGACUGCAAGGCGUGUCCAUUGGAAAUGUUGGCAGAUUUAUAGUAGUGGAAACUGACUUUGGUCUGAUAGUGAAAUAUGAUGGCAAUCACCAUCUGGAAAUCACCCUCCCACGCUCUUAUUUCUCACAGGUGCAUGGCAUGUGUGGCAAUUUCAAUGAUAAUCAUGAAGAUGAUCUGUCCUUGACCAAUGGUACAGCUGUCACUGCCCCACAGUUUGGAAAUAGCUGGGAAGUGGAGGAAGACAGUGAUAAGGGUUGUUUGCCAGACUUAAGAGAAGAUGAUGAGCCUCCUUGCACUGCUGAGAAUAAACAAGUCAUUGAAAGACAGUGCAAUGUUCUAAAAUCAGCGAAAUUCGAAGUGUGCCAUAGCCUAGUCAACCCUGACGACUUCAUAGAGAUCUGCAUCUAUGAUAUGUGCCAGUAUGAUGGUAUGAAGUCUGCUCUCUGUGAUAUAGUUCAAGCUUAUGUGGACACCUGCAAGAAUCAUGGAAUCACCAUUAAAUGGAGGAAUAGCACAUUCUGUCCAUUGCCCUGCCCAUCCCGGAGCCACUACAAAGACUGUGUCUCUCCCUGCCCAUCAACAUGCAGUGACAUUUUUGCCUCUUCCCUUUGUGAGAAGACAGAAGAGUGCACAGAGGGCUGUGAAUGUGAUGAUAACUAUGUGCUCAGCAAUGGCAACUGUGUGCCUCUCAGCAGUUGUGGCUGCAGGGACGAUGACAACAAUUACUACAGUGCUGGGGAGACAUGGCUAACUCCACACUGCACCAAAAGAUGCCAGUGCCAGAAGAAUGGUGUCAUCAGUUGCAGGAGCUACAGCUGUGAUUCCAGAGAAACCUGCGUGAUCAAAGAUGGAAAACACAAGUGCAAUCCAACAGGUUUUGGGAAAUGCCAGGUCAUGGGCGACCCACACUACAUCACCUUUGAUGGGCUGGUGCACCACUUCCAAGGGAAAUACACAUAUAUUCUGGCUCAGAGCAUCCCUGACCUACCUGACACUCUGACACAGUUCAGCAUUGAGGGCGUGAACUAUCCUUUACGUGGAAUUCGACGCAUUACUUACCUGAAAGAGAUGCUCAUCAGCGUUUACAACCACACAGUGCGAUUCAGGCAGAACAAGCAGGUUCUGUUGGAUGGUGUGAGAGUGUGGCCCCCUGUUCGACCUCAUGAGGGUAUUCGUAUAUAUCAGAGGACAACAAGAAUUUACCUGGAGACAGAUUUUGGCUUAUACGUGAGCUAUGAUGGCAGUGAAAAUGCAGACAUAAAGCUGGCUACCACCUACAGAAGCAGAGUGGAAGGCUUGUGUGGUGACUUUGAUGGGAUAUACAGAAAUGACUUCAAAAAUCCAGAUGGUGUUUGGGUGAGGAAUGUGAAUGUAUUUGGUGAAAGCUGGAAAGUUCCUCUGAAAAGAAGCUCUCGCCUCAGACGAGAUGUCAACUCAGAAAAUGAGUCUGAGGAGGAACCAGAUCCAGGGCUUUUCCAAGGUUGCAAUGAAAAUCAGCUGGAGCAGCAAAACACAACUUCCAAGUGUCAAAUCCUGACUUACUUGAAUGGUCCUUUUGCCAAGUGUCAUUCUGCAGUCCAACCAGAUUUCUAUUUCACGAGCUGCCUGUUCGAUAUGUGUGUGGAAGGAGAUGAGGUUGCUAUCUUAUGUCGCAGUCUGGAGGAAUAUGUGCUGGCUUGUCAGCAGCAAGGAGUCAGCAUGGAUGACUGGAGGCAACAGACAGACUGUGGUAUGUCAUGUCCUCCCAACAGCAAGUACAACUCAUGCAUGUCUGCAUGUCCAGCAUCCUGCAACGACCUGACCAGCCCCUCUGAGUGUGAAUCACCCUGUGUUGAAGGCUGUGAAUGUCUACCUGGUUAUGUUCUUAGUGGCUUUGACUGUGUGCCUUACAAAGAGUGUGGCUGCACAUACCUUAACAAAUACUAUCAGAUUGGAGAAAUAUUCACCACUGAUGACUGCUCUCAGAAAUGCCAGUGCACAGAAAGCUCCACUGUUUUCUGCUCUGAUGAAGUGUGUGGGUCUGGAGAAAUCUGUGGCAUUUCAAACUACAGUCGUGGAUGCUACAGGAGUGGCCCAUGUAUGCCAAAUCCUUGUAAGAAUGAUGGCAUUUGCUCUGAAACUUCCAACAGCACCUCCCUCCACUUCUGUGAAUGUUCAGAACUUUACACAGGACAAAACUGUGAGGCUGAAAAAAUAGCUGAAGACCCUGCCACAGAGGAUUCGGAUUACACCAUUGCCAUUGUCAUCGGAGUUGUGGCAGGAGUAGCUGUUAUUGUCAUUCUCAUCUCCUCUACAGUGUGCCUGUUCGGAAGGAAGAGAAAGACGGAUACAGUUGUUAUAACAAGGGAUUCUUCUUUGAAAGGGUCCAGGAAUAAAUUGGAUGCCAGAGUACGUGAGCAAGAUUAUGGCUGCAUUGUGAACAGUGCAUUUGAUCAAAAUGAAUCCUCAAAUACACACCUAUAGUUAACAAUAUUAUUCCUAAUAAUUUGUCAUACUUUUUACUCUGUAUUUUAAUCAUAUUUCUAAUAUUUUGAGGAGAAAUAAUAAUAAAUUUAUCAUUGCAUUUGUUGAAAACCUGUGUAAUUGUUCAUUUAAAAUAGCUCUCAGAUCUCACAUUGUAGGCCCAAAAUGAAAUAUGUUCUAACUAACGUAAGAGACUCUGUUGU